AUGCGCAUGGGCAUGGUCUACUCUACAAAAUUGAACAACAUGUCAAUCGCCGGACUACCUCGUCGUAUGCUACCCUUGCGAGCCACCAUACCGUCGGUCGCUCGUACACCAAAUGUACGGAAUUACUCCAUAUUGAAGGAAUGGAAAGGAGGGGGUGAGCACACGACCGAGCGAUCCAAAAAGGGCGACACUGCAGAUAUACACGCACACUCGUCGGCAUCUGGUAUGCAAGAAAGGAAAACACAUGAGGGUGCUGGAGAUCCCUCCAAAUCUCAGGGGACGACAGAAACAGGCGGCUCCCAGCAUGGCAAACAGGCCAAAAAAGAUAACCCCAAAGCGCCAGAGCCUAUUAUUGGAAUGAAUGACGAGCGAGGAAAGGCAAGUUUGUGCGAGAUCAUCCAGGGUUCACAUUGCUGA